AUGAAUGCUCCAGCUGCUUUCGAAUCAUUCCUUCUCCUUGAUGACAAGAAGAUCUACAUCGAAAAAGACACAAAAGUGCCAAAUGCAGCGAUUUUCACAAUAAAUAAGGAGGAUCACACUUUGGGAAACAUGUUGAAAAUUCAGCUUCUCAAAGAUCCAGAGGUGUUGUUCGCUGGCUACAAGAAUCCCCAUCCACUCGAACACAAAAUCUUGCUGCGAGUUCAAACUACAAAUGCAACAACUCCAGCCGACGCGCUUACCACCGCUAUCACGGAUUUGGUUGGAGAGUUAUCACUUCUCGAACAUCGUAUUGACUCCGCUAUCAAAAAGUGCACACAGUCGACAGACACUGAACGGGGAUACAAUUAA